AACAGCAUUGACUCAAACUAGAAUCCACUUCAAUUCUCAGCUAAUCACUUGAAGUUCCAAAGGAAAGAAAAAUGUCUGUAGCAUUUCUACAGCAAAGUUUCCUAAUUAGUCCUCCUCUUUCUUCAACCAGAAAAAAUAGCACUAAAAUCUUGUGCAAACACACCCCAGAUGAGGAACCACAAGACUCAUUUUUUAGGAAAAGUGAAAAUAAAUGGGGUAAGUUGGCAUUAGUAGCAGUGGCAGCUGGGGUAUUAACAAUGGGUUCAGUGGAUCCAGCUUCAGCUGCUAAGACUGGUGGUCGAGUUGGUGGUCAGGCUUUUCGAUCUUCAGCUCCUCGCUCUUCUUCACCUAGGAUCAAUAACUCUAGAACAAAUAUAUAUGUCAAUCCACCAGUUGCUCCUCCUCUAGUUGGUGGAUAUGGGUAUGGUGUGCCAUUCUAUGGUGGAUGGGGCUGGUCGCCUUUCUCGUUCUUCGCACCCGGUCCUGGUGUUGCCGUUGGUGUCGGAGGUGGAUUCGAUACGCUGGUGCUGUUCUUGGUUCUUGGUGCUGUUGCUUCUGUUAUUCGGAGGGUCCUUCGGUCAAGAGACGAAGAUGAAUACUAGCAUUUACAAGAUACGUUCGUCCAAAUUAAUGGAAUUAGUCUUGUACAAGAGGCUACUGAUAUACUCAGCAGUGUCAUGCAGCCAUAGUAUAUAAAUUUAUGUAUUGGCGACAAUUAUCAAGCCAUGAAUUAGAACUCUGUAAAAGAAAAUUUGGGGUAUGAAGCUUUUCUUCAAAUUCCUGAAAGGGUAUAUAAAUUAGUGAAUACAGCAUCUCCUAUGUAGGGAUUUUGAUGGCCUCAUUUUCUUUUGAAGCUGCAGUUACUCUUACGUUUACUUUUUCCUACUUUCUAUGUAAAUAUUAUAUUUUUGAAGAGCAAUUCUUUUCACAA